AUGGCCUUUUGGACUGUUCCAUACAGAGCAGAGGCCGUCGACACAAAUAGAGAUCCCAGCAUGUACUGGGAGGAUAUAAACAGCGCCAGCACUGACGACGUCCACAAUGAUUUCUUUGGCCAAUUUGUCGAUUUUGAUGCCGAUGGUGCUGUUACCACAACUGCUGACAAUGACUUCAACUCGGUAGCAACCACGAUGCCCGGUAUGGCACAAUCCAUGCUCCUGAUGGGAAGCCACCAUGCGGCGCCAACGCUGGAAAGCGCGGUAUCUUCGGGCGUGUCUUCUGCUGAUGAGUUUGACUUCCUCUCCAGCAGCUCUCAUAUUGGCGCAGCUGCCUCAGCUGCCAGUCAUGAAAUAGAUCCCAAGGAUCUUGCACUGAGCGCGGACGAGGCACUAGUUCAUGGGUCUCAGCAACAGUUUGACUAUCUUGGCCGAGGGUCCAUGUCAGAGGCAGAUCUCACUCGCCUUGAGAGUAUCUCUCUCCAUUCUCCACAGAAACAUCAGAAUACAAUCUCCUCGGAUCCUCCGUCGCCAAAGGCCCCCAAUACCGAAGGCCGCAAGCCCAAGAAGUUUGUAGCGGCCUUGUCCUCUACCAUCAAAAAGGCAACAAAUCUGCGAAAGAAUAAGAAGAAUGCCACGACACAGCGACCAGGUUCGCCAUCACAAGACCAACCACAGCCUCUCAAGGUGCCCAAGCAGAGACGGGGGAGAGGUCGGGCCGUCACACAGGGAAACCUCCCUGUAUCACCUCCUCUUCAGCAACAAGAACAAGUUGCUGGUCAUUUCAUCCAUGGCCAGUGUGAUGACCCCUUCAAUGACGGCACUCUCCUGCCCCCUAAUGGAAUAAAUCUUCAAUAUUACGGACAAGUUGCUCCAGAUACGCCGGUAGAAUCACCAGGCGUGAAGAGCGAGCCAGGCCAGGGCCAUUUUCAAGUCGAUCCAACAUGGCAGCAACACCAACAUCAACAACAUCACCAGCAAAUGCAUUGGACUGGCACCGGAGGAGAGUACGUAACUAGCCAAGAAGCAGGCUGGUGGACACCAAACAUGAUGACCCAGGGGCCAAACGAGUUCUCUCACCACCAGAGAAGCGCCAGUGUUCACGUAAUGGGCAACACCCAACAACACUCUGGCAUGGCAUACGACUACGGCAGCGCUAUCACUGACACCAGCACUGGCGGACUCAUGAUUCAUAUGCCCCAACCACGAGGCUCUCAAUCAGCCGUGGUCAACGACCUGACCGUCAAUGCCCAAAACUUCCUCCCACCACCUCCGCCUCCCCAGUCAGCAGUCCAAAAGGCUCCAGCCUCGGAGAGGGCUCACCGUCCUCCCAAGGCAAAAUCCUCCGGAGCAAGACACAUGUCCUGCUCCCCCGUUCGAAAGCAACGCGGACCAUCAUCCUCUCCCACGCCUCCAGAUCAGUCCGCCGUCCCGCGUUCCCGCCACAGCUCAGGCGCAUCCGUCUCCUCCAUGAGAAGCACGUCCGGUCGUCUCCCAGCCAGCAUGCCCGGCACACCAUGCAGCGUGCGCAAGCGCCGGUCCCGCGACAUCAGCGGUUCCAACAGCGGUAUAUCCCUGGGCGGCGGUGACUCAGGCGGCAUUGGCUUCGUCAACUUCACCCCCAAUGAUGGCGGUGUGCUCAUGACAGGCGUAGCACCGAGCGGAAGCUCCAAGACAAAGGCGCGCCGUGAGAAGGAAGCCCAAGACAGACGAAGACGUCUCAGCGAGGCUGCUAUCAAGGCUGUUGCUGCUGCAGGAGGAGAUGUUGACAAGCUGAUAGAACAGGGGUUCUCUUUUUAA